AUGGACGAGAAUGGUAGCUCAAAAAAUGCACCCAAGAACAAGUGGAACUUGCCUCUCACAGUUUUCUUCAAAGAUGCAAGACUUGUUUUCAAGAUGGAUUCCCUUGCUAAGGAGAUACUAGGGAUUGCAUUCCCCGCUGCACUGGCUGUUGCUGCUGAUCCCCUUGCUUCCUUGAUAGACACAGCAUUCAUGGGCCACUUGGCGCCGGAGGAACUUGCUGCUGCAGGAGUUUCCAUUGCCUUGUUCAACCAAGCUUCAAAGAUUACCAUAUUCCCUUUGGUCAGUAUUACAACUUCCUUUGUAGCUGAGGAAGAUACUAUUGAAAAAAUCAAUACCACAGCAGCGGAAAAACAGUUCAAUGAAAACAUCAAGGGCAAAUCAAAUGAAGUAAUGCCGGAUGAUCAUUUGCUUCAAGACAUAGAAAAAUGUGCAUCCAAAGAGAAUAAUAAGACUCCAACAGAAUCUUUUGCUGCUAAUGGUGAUAGAAACGAUCUCAUGCCAAAAAGAUUUGUACCUGAGAAUAUGGAAACGAAUGGCACAUUGAAAAAUGAGACAAAUAAUGAAGAUGAUGCCGAUAGAAAUAUAUGCAAGUCUUACUCUGUUACUGGUAGUGAUAAUAAGAGAGGGAUGAAAGCUAGAACGAAGAAGCGACACAUUGCUUCAGCAUCGACAGCACUACUUUUUGGCACAAUACUUGGCUUCCUUCAAGCUGCUACCCUUAUAUUUGCAACCAAACCUUUAUUAAGUGCGAUGGGUCUUAAACAUGGUUCUCCUAUGCUAAUCCCAGCAGUCAAGUACUUGAGAUUGAGAUCCUUAGGUGCUCCUGCAAUGCUUCUCUCCGUGGCCAUGCAAGGAAUCUUUCGAGGGUUCAAGGACACAACAACUCCUUUAUAUGUUAUUGUUUCGGGGUAUGCAUUGAAUAUCGCUUUGGACCCAAUACUCAUUUUUUACUGCAAAUUGGGCAUUAGAGGUGCAGCCAUUUCACAUGUGCUUUCUCAGUACAUGAUGGCAUUUUCCCUCUUAUUGAUAUUAGUGAAAAAAGUGGAUCUCCUAUCUCCAAGCGUUAAGGAUUUGCAGAUUGUCAGGUUUCUUAAAUACGGAAGUCUGCUAUUGGCCAAAGUAUUAGCAGUGACAUUCUGUGUGACCUUAGCAGCAUCAUUGGCAGCAAGGUUAGGUUCAAUUCCUAUGGCUGCAUUCCAAACCUGCCUACAGGUCUGGUUGACAUCAUCCCUUCUUGCUGAUGGUUUGGCUGUUGCUGUUCAGGCUAUUCUAGCAUGUUCCUUUGCUGAGAAAGACUAUGACAAAGUGACUGCUACUGCAACAAGGACACUACAGAUGGGUUUUGUUUUAGGAGUGGGGCUCUCUCUAGUUGGAGUUGGAUUGUACUUUGGAGCUGGACUAUUCUCCAAAAGUGUUCUUGUUGUGCACAUUAUCAGAAUAGGUGUCCCGUUUGUUGCUGCUACACAACCAAUCAAUACAUUAGCUUUCGUCUUCGAUGGUGUGAACUAUGGGGCAUCUGAUUUUGCUUAUUCUGCUUACUCCUUGGUGUUGGUGUCAAUAGCAACUAUUGCUUCAUUAUUUCUUCUUUACCAGAGAAAAGGUUACAUUGGGAUAUGGAUUGGACUAAGCAUAUAUAUGACUCUUCGCAUGCUUGCUGGUGUAUGGAGGAUGGGAACAGGAACAGGACCUUGGCGUUUUCUCAGAGACCGCUCAUUGCCUUGA